AUCGAUAAUUUAUCACUUGAAUUCGUUCAAUCACUAUUCACAUUCACAUUUCACACAAGUGUUUUUGUUCCUCCGGCGCUGUUACACUCUCAGAUAAGACUCUUCUCGCGACUAAACCCUAAUUUCAAAAAAGACUUUUCACGCUUGACGAAACGAUGUCGAAAUUCUUUGCUCAGGCUGGCGGUUCUUCUGAUGAUGAUGAUAGUGAUUUGGAUCAAUCGGUUGAUGAUGUGCCGGUUGAACCUGAUAAUGAUCCUACUUCAAGUAGGUAUAGGGUGGAUAAUGCUAGUGACAGCGAUGACGAUGAUGGCCAAAGGCGUGUUGUUAGGUCGGCAAGAGAUAAGCGAUAUGAAGAGAUGGCUUCAACGGUUGACCAGAUGAAGAAUGCAAUGAAGAUCAAUGAUUGGGUGAGUUUGCAAGAGAGUUUUGACAAGAUCAACAAACAACUUGAGAAAGUGAUGCGUGUUGCUGAGACUGAUAAGGUCCCUAACCUUUAUAUUAAGGCUCUUGUCUUUUUGGAAGAUUUCUUGGCUCAGGCUUUGGCAAAUAAGGAGGCCAAGAAAAAGAUGAGCAGUAGCAAUGCCAAAGCCUUGAAUUCGAUGAAGCAGAAAUUGAAGAAGAAUAAUAAGCAAUAUGAGGAGUUGAUUACUAAAUGCAGGGAGAGUCCUGAGAGUGAGGAGGAAAAGGACGAGGAUGAGGAGAGCGAUGAAGAAGAUGAUAGUGAUGGUGAGACUAUUGAGCCCGAGCAGCUUGGGAAUCAGGAACCUAGAUCGGAUGAUGAUGAUGAUGAUAGGGAUGAUGCUGGUGAUGGACCUUGGGACAAAAAGCUUAGCAAGAGAGAUAGACUUUUGGAUAGACAGCUCAUGAAAGACCCUAGGGAGGUCACAUGGGAUAUUGUUAACAAGAAGUUUAAAGAGAUUGUGGCAGCUAGGGGAAGGAGGGGAACUGGAAGGUUUGAACAGGUUGAACAACUUACCUUCUUAACAAAAGUGGCUAAAACACCAGCACAGAAGCUUGAAAUUCUUUUCAGUGUGGUUUCUGCUCAGUUUGAUGUUAAUCCAGGUCUCAGUGGCCAUAUGCCCAUAACUGUGUGGAAAAAAUGUGUUCAGAAUAUGCUGCUCAUCCUUGAUAUUCUAGUUCAAUUUCCAAACAUAAAGGUUGAUGAUUCAGUGGAGCCAGAUGAGAAUGAAACUCAAAAAGGGGCUGACUAUGAUGGACCAAUUAAGAUUUGGGGUAACUUAGUUGCCUUCUUAGAAAAAAUAGAUACUGAGUUUUUCAAGAGCUUGCAGUGCAUAGAUCCUCAUACGCGUGAGUACGUCCAGAGACUCCGAGAUGAGCCCAUGUUUUUGGUUCUUGCUCAAAAUGUCCAGGAAUAUCUUGAAAGGAGUGGAGAUUUCAAAUCAUCUUCUAAGGUGGCCUUGAGGAGGGUUGAACUCAUUUACUACAAACCACAAGAGGUUUAUGAUGCCAUGAGAAAAUUGGCUGAGCUGACAGAAGAUGGAGGUAAUGAAGGCGAGGCUAGCGAGGAGGCCAAAGGGUUUGAGGAUACAAGAAUUCCUACUGCAUUUGUUGUUACUCCAGAGCUUGUGUCUCGGAAACCCACCUUUCCGGAGAAUAGCAGGGCCCUAAUGGAUGUAUUAGUUUCACAUAUAUACAAAUAUGGCGACGAGCGCACUAAAGCACGGGCAAUGCUUUGUGAUAUAUAUCACCAUGCUCUCCUUGAUGAGUUCUCAAUUGCCCGUGAUCUGCUGCUUAUGAGUCAUUUGCAAGAUAAUGUUCAGCACAUGGACAUUUCAACACAGAUACUUUUUAACAGGGCUAUGUCACAGUUAGGUCUUUGCGCUUUUCGGAUUGGAUUGAUUUCUGAAGCACACGGAUGCCUAUCUGAACUUUAUUCAGGUGGAAGGGUGAAAGAGUUGCUUGCACAAGGUGUGUCACAAAGGAGUCAUCAUGAGAAGACUCCAGAACAGGAAAGGUUGGAAAGAAGACGCCAGAUGCCAUAUCAUAUGCACAUAAAUCUUGAGCUCCUGGAAGCAGUGCAUCUUAUAUCUGCUAUGCUGCUGGAGGUUCCGAAUAUGGCAGCCAAUGUUCAUGAUCCAAAGCAUAGGGUCAUCAGUAAGAAUUUCCGCCGCUUGUUUGACGGCAGUAAUAACCAAACGUUGACCGGUCCUCCUGAGAGUGUCAGAGAUCACAUUAUGGCUGCCGCUAGGGUUCUUAUUAAAGGAGACUUCAACAAGGCUUUUGAAGUUAUUACAUCUCUUGAUGUAUGGAAAUUUGUUAAAAAUAGAGACAAUGUAUUGGCAAUGCUGAAGGACAAAAUCAAGGAGGAGGCACUUAGGACAUAUCUCCUUACCUUCUCUUCAUCCUAUGAGUCUCUGAGUCUGGAUCAAGUCACGAAAUUUUUUGACCUCUCUGUUCCUCGUACUCAUAGCAUUGUGAGUAGGAUGAUGAUCAAUGAGGAGCUUCAUGCAAGCUGGGACCAGCCAACUGGGUGCAUUGUUUUCCAAAAUGUUGAGCACUCUAGACUUCAAGCAUUGGCAUUCCAGUUGACAGAGAAAUUAUCUAUCCUUGCAGAGAGUAAUGAAAGAGCCACAGAGGCAAGAAUAGGUGGUGGAUUGGAUCUGCCUGCAAGACGAAGGGAUGGACAGGACUAUGCUGCUGCUGCUUCUGGCGGAGGUGGUGGAACAGGGCCUUCAGGUGGUAGGUGGCAGGACUUGUCCCAUUCUCAGCCACGGCAAGGAAGUGGACGUGCAGGAUAUGGAAAUGCUGGUGGAAGGCCAUUGGCAUAUGGUCAAGCAGCUAGGGGUGGCUAUUCAAGGGAUCGAGUGGGGCGUGCUGGUUAUCAGAGUUCAGGGAGGAGUAAUCAAGGGGGUUCAGGACUGAGGGGACCCCAGGGAGAUGUAUCUACUCGCAUGGUUAGCCUUAAGGGAGUUCGUGCUUAAACAAGUUUACUAGAGAUGGCAAUGAUAUAAGUUUUCAGCAUAUAAAAUUUUCAUAUGCAUGCCAGUUUUGAUAAUUUGACUUUAGUACUAAAAACAUUAUGGUUUUCAUUCUUGUCCUGUUUUAUUUUCUUGAUGUACUUCAUCUAAAGUUGCCACGAUAUAUUUGUUGGUUUUAUUUUUAUGUAACAUGA